AUGUGGCCGCUUCACAGGGCUUGUAGGCUGAGGCCGAGGCGGUCACUUCGAGGCCUCUCUUUGGCCUUGGUUUUUGCAGUUGCGCUUUGUGCCUCAGACAAUCAAAGGAGAACCUUUAUUCCCAUGAGAGCUCUACCGGUACCAGGUCGGUCAAUUUUGCCAGCAUUUGGAGCCCUGCAUUGGUGGUCUCAGGCCGCAGCAUGGGCAGAGGAGCAAGGCUUACCCAAAAAGAGUCUGUACGCAACAGCAGAAGAAGCUAAGGCAGCUGCAGAAAAGCUGAAAGCUGCUGGUGUCCAGGCGAACUUGCUUGAGGAACCUAUAGAUAUUCGACCUCCUGUCGUUCCAAAGGAUGCAGAGCCCUCCGCAAUGGUGCGGGAUUUGGUAAAGGAGGCUCUAGACGCCAUUUUCCAAGGGGACAUAGGUUCCGCUUUCAACAUCAUUUCCGAUAUCAUCGCAGAAGCACAGGCAGCAAUCGAGGAAGAUGGAAUUCCUUGGGAGCAGGUCGGGCCGUUCUUCUUGGGGGUCGUGCUUUUGGCGAACGUUGCUCAAUUUGUAUAUCCUUUGAUGGAGGAAGCGAUGGAGGAGGAUGAUUAUGAUCGACUCCCAAUGCCAAGCGACCUGCCAAGCGGCCAAAGGAGAGCACCUCGAAUAGUCCAAGAGGAGGUUGAUUUGAAGCUACCUCCGAAACCAAUGUCUCAGAUAGUGGCUGAAGACGCAGCAAAGAAGGUUGCAAAGAAGCCAGACCAGGCCAUCGAAACGCACUGCCUUUUGGUUUGUGGAGACUGUUGGGAGCUUGGCAGACGGCUGCGACAAGAGUGCCAGUUCCAGCUGCAGAUCCUCAAUGAGCCUGAAACCACAAGGAUUUGGUGCAACGACACCCUCAACGAUUUUGUAGCUUUGCGCUGCACACCUGCGUGUUUGGUCGAUUCGUGGAAGUUUGCCCUCCAGGCAGACGCUUGCAUGCACAAAUGUGGGAACUACAACACAUGCCAAUGCCGAGGGUACAGAGGAAGCACGCUGGAUCCAACAUGCCAUGGCUUCACAUUCAGCGAUGGCUCAGUGAACCCAAGGCCGGAUCUCUACUAUGACUGCGCGUUAACCCCUCCAGACUGCAAACACACCAGCUAUGGUGUGGAAUGCAACACAUACAGAUAUUGCCCUGCCAACAAGUGUUUGAUUGAUGCUCAUGCGUUGACUAUGGAAGUAGAGAGGAGAAUCGACCCUGAAGAUGGCAAGGCUCGGACUUUUGAUGAGCUUUUGCAGCAUUACAAGUCUGCCUACACGCAUCAGGAGUUGCUCCAGUAUUGGGACCGGUGUCAACAAGAGGUACCGACUGAUCCCUUCCUGACUUCUCUUCAGCAGCAAGAUUUCAAGUUGAGACCUGAUCAUGAGCCUCCCACAGAGCCAGCUUCACAGGUCAAUCUUGGUCCAGUGAAGCUAUCGGAAGAUCCAUUUCUCGCUGCGGGCUUCACCGGGCAGGCCAGGAAUGCGACGAAGUACCCAAAUGGUGCACAGCAAUUUCAGCCAGAGGCAAGCUAUUAUAAGGAUACCCAGAAUUGGUCCGAAACUGCCUCUGCUUGCUUGGGUCCUGGAGAUGUGAACAGGCAGCCACGUGCGCGUACGAUAUUGAUCAUGGUACCCAUCCUACUCUUUCUUUGGGAAUUGGUCGUUUGGAGUCUCCUAGCCCACGUCACCAGAAACGGCUGCUGGUUGAUCACAGUCACAUUGCUGGUGGUCUCUGCAGCAGCUAUUGGAAUGUGGUACCAGGGCAUGCGGUGGGGACCAGUGUCGUUGGUCUCCCUUGGCGUUUUGUGCAUCAUCGCCAUCAUUGGUGGAACUGCUCUUGGUCAGCGAGGCUGGGAACAAUUCUGGCGGCAGUUCUUUUGGAUGAAUAUCGGGCAGCAGCUUGUGCCAACUUUGGGUGGCACUGCUGCUGGUGCUCGCUCUGAUGCAGCAACAUUGGUGUUUGGAACAGAAGCAGGCGGCCUGGACCAUUCAUCUGUCGAUGCAUUCCGCUCUGUUGGUUUCAAGGACACCGACCUGUUCUGCGUUGCCCCGGUGCUGAGUCCCGAGAGUGCCGGAAUGGACUUCCCCAGGGUUAAUUACUGGGCUGUGGGGAUAAACUGCUGCUCGAAGUCUGGAAAUUUCUUUUGCGACCAGUCCAGAGACUCCAGCGCCUUGCAAGCUGUAGUGCAGCUUGGAGGAGGCUACCCGUGUCCAAGCUGCAAUGUGGAGUCUUUCCAAAAGGCCAUUGCCAAGGCCGAGGCUACUUAUGGUCUUGUGAGUGCUUCAGAUGCUCUUAUGGUUAGAUGGGUGGCGAGUGCAUCCAAAACCAAGUUCCAAGGUGGUGUAUUGGCCAUUGCGUAUUUGCUGAUUUGCGUUGUCGUAGGCAGCAGCUACAUUCUCACCGUGACCAUGACACAUACCUUGGCUCCUGGCCACAGAACCUGCAACGAUCAAGAUGCAACGACCUACAACGAUACGUGCAUUGAGGGUGUGUGUAUGGGCAUCUUGGAUUCUGGCUAUCAGUAUCAAACAAUGGGUGGCGGGGAAUGUGUGGACCGGCAAAAUAGACGAAUGGCUCGCUACACAGGCGAUGUGCAGGAACAAGCUGAGUGCGAACAGAUUUGCACAGGCGAUCCACAGUGCGCUGGCUAUGCCUAUAGUUUCCCACUGUGUAGCAUUUACGGAACCGUGCGAACCCAUUUGCCUAUGGAGCGGCCAACUUGGUCAUUCCAGGCUGGAACGGAUCCUGUGGCUGUGGUGAUCGAAGCGGCCCUGGACAUGUCACCUGUGCAGCGGCGUUCUAUUUGCCGGAAGAAGGGCGUGGUGGGUGACACCAUCACAUUUGAUUCUGAUAUCCAGGUUUCCGCUGAUGAGUUCUUCUCUCCGGUCAGGAUUGGAAUAUUCUUCUUGAUCAUCUUCGGCUGCUUUUUUGCACUGCCUUUGACUGAUUACAUUUCUCGUCUGCUGAAGUGCAGGCGAGUGCAACAGUUGCCUAAAGAUAAAGACAUGCUGUUAGACAGUCAGGGCACAUGUGGCUUUCGCUUGCAGGAAAGACCCACUUGA